AUGCCGUUACAUGAUAGGAUCAUACCUUACUUAGAGAGGGCUGAGUUGUACCACCUGGCUAGGCUGAACGCGCAUUGGUUCUGGUUGGAUGAACCUCUGGUCAGCGCAUUUAUCGAGAGGUGGCGGCCUGAGACCCGCACUUUCCAUAUGCCAUUCGGAGAGUGUACUAUCACGCUCCAGGACGUGGCAUACCAGCUCGGGCUGCCCGUGGAUGGCCAGGCUGUUUUCAGGUGCAUGACAGACUUCCACAUGCACAUCGAGGGGGCCAGACCGGCAUGGGAGUGGUUCGAGGAGUUAUUUGGUGAGCUUCCGCCACCGGAUAAGAGAAAGUUAUACACAGUCCACUUCACAUGGUUUCAUGAACGGUUCAGGGUGUUACCAGCGGAUGCUUUGGAGGAGACCGUGCACAUAUAUGCACACGCGUAUAUUAUGAUGCUUCUGUCGACACAGCUGUUCAUGGACAAGAGUGCUAAUCGAGUCCACCUUCGUUAG